AAAAAUAAAGAACUUGUUUAUCCUUCGAGCACUCACGGUUCUCUUUCUCUCACACUUUUUUCAAAAUUCUUCUUCUCAAAUUAAAUUCUUCACCGGCACGUUUGAGCUUGGAUAGACUCAUUAGUACAGAGAGGCAGAUUCAAUGGUUUCGGUUUGAGAAAGUCAUGCAUUUAAGCUUGGACGAAUUCGAAGGCCAACGUUUCCAACAAUCGCGAUAAUUUAGCGUUUGGAUGCCUCUACAGAAUUCUCCAAGGUUGCCGUGCAUAUCGCAAUUGGUUUCAUCGUGAUGGGAUUCUUUGGUUUUUUUUGUCAAGCUCAUUUUUAUUCCAAUUAACAACAUCAUCGAUUUGGUUAGAUUGAAUGGAGUGUUUGGGGUGGCUCUUUAAGAAAUAUUGAUUCUGGUCGUGUAUCAGUCCUUGCCACAUUAAAGUAUGAUGAUUCAAAGAAAUGUUAUCUUUAUCGAACUUAGCUGGAGACUCAACAAUAUUGGAAAGGCUGGUUAUGUUUUAUCUUGAUUUUGCUGCUAACAACAGUUACAAAUACUAAAUUUGAAUGAACCAAUGACUUUUUAUAUGUGUUCUAAGUAAGAGGUGGAUUGGUUGGGGCUUCACUUGUGAUUGUUAUGUAUUUGGAUUUUGGCUAUGGGUUUCUAUACAAAGCAAUCACAUAAAACAAUGAAUAUUGGCUCUUUCUUUUCCCAAUUUUUUUUUUUUUGGGGGGGGGGGGGGGUGUUUGAUAAUUGUAUGUUGAAUCAUUAAUAUACUUUCUUGUAAUGCAAAAUAUGAUUACUUGAUUCUAGACAGAGAGAACUAGGCUAAAUUUGCCAUCAAAUUGAAAGUAGCUUUCAUGGUAUAUUUAUCGUCCCAUUAAACAGUUUAUAGUUUUUCUUACAGGUAUGAAGGCCUCUCAGAUAUAUUUUUGUCAUGUCUUGUUCCAAAUCUGUUGUUAUUAGCAGGAACAGAUAGAUUAGACAGGUCACUUCCUUUGAAUUAUAUUAAUUUUUAGUGGUAUCAUAAAUUUUACUUGUUGGUUUCUAAUGAAAACUUCUCUUGUAGUUUUUCAAUAAUUAGAAUAUAAAUUAAAACAGUUGGAUGCAAAUUUUAUUCUGGCUUUAUAUAUUAUCAGUGUUGAUAACUGUAUGGUCCAAGUAGCAUAGCAGAUUGUGAUAAGAAAUUGGUUCAAGUUUUAAGUUACUUUUAUUAAUAGCUGUACAUCUAUCUGACUAUUCUCUAUAGUAGUGAAUGUUGAGUUUUUAAGGAACAAUAAGGGAAAUAGCAUGGAUGAAUGUUAAGCUGGAUGUGUGGCUCAAUCUAUUCUGAAAUUUGAAGGAUUUUUGAUGCAAAGUUGUUUUGAGAAUUGCCCUACAGUUCUCACAUGCGACAUUUUGAAUUGAAAACUCAAAGACAUCAUGAACUCAAAGCCUUCCCUAGAUGGAUUUCUUGCUGCAGCCAAGAGAUUUGAGGGUGGACCUGUAGAUCCUUGUAACAUUCUUGUUUUUGAAGAUGCGCCCUCAGGAGUUCUCGUAGCUAAGAAUGCAGGAAUGUCUGUUGUUAUGGUCCCUUAUCCAAGGCUGGACAAAUCUUUUCAUGAAGCAGCAGACCAAGUUUUGAACUCACUGUUGGAUUUCAUGAACUCACUGGUUCUUCGGGGAACGUGGCAUCACUACCAACUUGAAUGUGGAGCUCUUUGGUCUGUAUUAUGGCAUUAUCUUGAAGAUCUGUCAUCUACUCUCCUUUAUCUAGAAGGUAUGCAUCCAACAAAUUAUAGAGAAGACAAUGCUUGUGAAUCUGUGAUAGCUGACUGGCAAGGCAAGGCUCCUUUUCUGAAGAUGAAAUUGUAACAUGGAACAGUUGCCCUCGUUCCUUAUGUAUCUCUCCAAUUUAUGGCAGAAGCUCUUGGUACUUGUUAUUGUUACAUUAAAGGAUAUAUAGUUUGUAC